GCAUCCAGUCCUACGGCAUCUUUGUGGACAUCGGGGCAGCAGAGACAGGUCUGGUGCACGUCUCACGCCUUGGGUCCCUGGAUGUAUCUCGAGUGCAGCUCGGCGACGAGGUCUCGGUGAAGGUUUCAGCGCGCGAGCCCAAGCUGCAACUGUCCGUCCCAACGCUGGAUCUGCCAAGGCAGCAGUUCGUGGCCCCUGUAGUGGUGCUUCCGACAGCGGAUGUGGGAGCCCGGGAAGAGGAAACUCGACUCGGCGGCAGCCUGUCCGCGCUGCCAAAGCCUCUCUUCGCCCGGGUGCUCCUGCAGGGCCUGAACCUUGCAGACUUGGGUCAUUUGACCCACGUCUCGAGGUCCCUGCGGUCAAUGGCUGUGGAGGCUUCGAAUAUCUUCUGGGAUGUGUGUAGCCUUUGCUGUUUCCACACCCGCGCACGUUUCGACGAAGCAGAGUGCAUCCUGGGAGUUGGAGUGGCUAUUGUGGAGGAGGAUGGACGCAAACAUUUGACUUGUGACUUCGAUCCACUCUCGCAGUUGGCCUUCGACAAGCUGGGUGUGCGGAAGGGCGUCUGGAGAAACAGGAUUUCCUACUGGCUUCCUUUGGCCAUUGACUCUCAUCACUUCGUUCGCGCGGCUUCGAGUCUGAGCCAGGUCCUUCGUGUGCUUGGCACCGGCAAGGUGGCAGAGGCAACUCGAUCCUGGGGACGGAAGCCAGGCAUUGGCCUUGCGGAUGCGGAUACUGCUGGCAGCACCAUGUCCUUCGACCGUUGGCUGGAGGAGCGGGAGAAGAAGUCCCAAGCAGCCAAAGCUAAGUUUGAAGCCUUCCGAGCUGGAAAUCUGCAGGUCAUGAAGGAGCCUGCGAAGGAAAAGCCUCAAAAGCCCAGCUUCGAUCCGUCCAUCGUCCUAGAGGUCCUUCCGAAGUUGAUGACCUCCCAGGUGGUACUACUCAUGAAGGGAGAGACGUGGGCUUCCCACAAGGCGCUGAGUGGGUACAUGGGCUUCCACCACCUUCUCCUAUCGAUCUGCCAUGCAGAGCCAACAGUGCAGGUAGAGUUGGAGAGGCGGAUUUCCCAGUUUGUGGCCAACGAGGAUCAGCGAGUGAAGUCGGCAGUCCCAAAUCUUGGAGAGUUCAUCUGCCUGCUAUCCGCUUCCCAGAAGCAUAGCUGGCAGUCUGUGGCAGGUCCUCUUCUCACGGAGGUCUUUGACAGGAAUGUCCUCUGGGUCUUGAAGAAGUAUCCGCACCUGGCUCAGCUUAGCGACGCGGGCGUCAGCCGCGAGAGACUGCGAGCAACCUUCCAGGCGGCUUUGGUAUCCAUGCGGCUGAUCAUGUUCAACGCCUGGUUCCUCAACAAAGUGGCGAAGCCUUCUGCGGAUACCAGCGAUUCUGCCCUCGCCCGCUAUGAACGGACAAAGGGGGUGCCCCCAAGGCAUCAAAUUGAAGCUGUUCAUCGGGCAGUUCGAACGAUCUGCGAGGUGGACUCCUGGGAGGCCUAUUUUGACUCCCUGGGUGUGGAGCGUGUGAAGCCAGAGCAACUCUGCAACUGGCUGCGGCAGAGCGUCAGGAAUUCGGCCCAGAAAGGCUACCACAAGUCCUGGCACUUCCGGAGCAAGGCAGGGCCAGCAAAAAAGGAGGAAGGUUGGGAUGCUUGUGACCAGAUGGCAGAGGCGUAUGAGUCGCACUGA